UUGUGAGGAGCCACAAUGUUUGGGCCUCUGAAGGGAGCAGCAGCAGGACGCAUCUGGAGCGGCAGUCAAAACAAGCCGCAGCCCCUCAUUGUUUUCUACCUCAGUACGGAAACGCAGGGAAGAAAGGAGCCAUGGCUGCUGAUAAACAACAUUUCCGUCUUCAGUUUUGCUCCCAAACAGGAUACGGGGCCCCAAGGAUCCAAGCAGGCGAUCAUUUCUUCUGUGGCCACGAAUGGACGACCUCAGACUGGACAGCACCCACUUCUGCUGCUCUUCAUGGCAGUGAUGUUGCUGACCUUCGUCCUGACACUCAUCGGCAUCCUGGGGGGACCAUCGGGAGCCCAAGAGGAGAUGCUGUGCACCCCUAAAGCCUGCCUCAUCCUGCACAUGAAGAAUGUAAGUUUCCAUGCUGCUCAGAACCGGUGCCGACAUGACGGCGGGUACCUGGUGACGGUCAGAGACAGAAAUGAGGAGAUGGAUCUGCACUCGAUUCUCUCACUGAGAAAGAAACAGCAUGAAGAGGAGGUGCUGAAUAUCUGGAUCGGGUUAAAAAAGAACCAGGGGGACUGCACGCAGCCCAACAAACCCCUCCGAGGGUUCAAGUGGGUCUCUGGGGAGCAACUCUCCCAGUACUCCAACUGGAAAAAGGAGCCUGCAGACACAUGCAGUGUGGACAGGUGUGUGAAGGUGGAGUACAGCUUUUCACAGCAGGAUGGGCUCAGCUGGACUUCAGAAAGCUGCUUGAACAAAGGCGCCCCGUAUGCAUGUAAGUUCCUUUUCAAGGGGAUGUGUUCCUCUCUGACUCUGCUGGGGCCUGGAAAGAUCAUCUAUCAGGCCAUCUUCUCCCCCCAUCAUCCACUGAACAGUGGGUUGAAGCUGCUUCCAUUCGGGACCAGAGCAAGAGUCUUCUGCGGUGACCGAGAGAUGGAUUCCCCUCAGUGCAUCCUUCAGAACGGCUCCUACAGCUGGACCCAUCCAGGACCGUUCUGUAAACCGGGUCCCAAAAGCUGUGGGCAAAACAAUGGCGGCUGUGAACAUGAGUGUCGACCCCAAGGAGAAACUGCUCAGUGCCUCUGCAGAGAAGGUCAUGAGCUGGACGAGGACGGCUUCUCCUGCAGAAUAGAAGAUCCAUGCAGACCAGGUCUCUGCGAGCACCACUGCCUGCCGGGGAAGACAGGCUUCUCCUGUCAGUGUCCCAGUGGGUUCAGACUGGCUGAAAACCAGCACAGUUGCUCUGACAUUAAUGAAUGCAUCUCACAGGCCUGCGAGGGCCACGGCUGUGUCAACACCCCCGGUGGUUUCCACUGCGUCUGUGAGCAGGGCUAUGAGCUAAGCCAAGGCCGCUGUGUGGACAUGGACGAGUGUGGCGCUGCGCCCUGCUCCCAGCAGCACUCAUGCAUCAACUCUGUGGGCAGCUUCCAGUGUGUGAAGCUGUUAACCCAGGGGAACCAGGAGACCCAGGGGAACCAGGAGACCCAGGGGAACCAGGAGAUCAAGGAGAGAAUCACAGCCGCCCCAUCCCAGUACGGACAGCCCCCCAUCCUGACCCACACUGCCACCCCACUGUCUGACCUGGUCAAUGUCACAGACCAGAACAGAACCCAGUAUCUGGUACCGGGUGCGUCCACAGGGAGCAGGGUGCUCGUCUGCAUCCUGGGCUCGGUCAUCCCUCUGCUCGCCUUGAUCGCUUUGACUCUCUUCAUCACCAUCUUCCGCUGCAGCCGCUCCAGAAAAGAGCUGAAGAAGAAGCAGAGCACCGCUGAUGGCUACUGCUGGGUGCCUUCAGGUCUGGACCCACGUCUGGAGAAGCUGUACGAGUCCAUCGUGGCUGAUGACCUUUGACCCGGCAGGGGAAUGUGGAACUAUGCUAAUUUCUGAGGAGAACAGGCUCAGCUUUUGGACCUUUAGUCUCCUUGUUCUGUUCCUGGAGGCUUCAAAGCUCUAAAAUGUCUCCUUCAGAAAAAUUAAUCAAUUUAUGUAAGAUAUGAAACCUUUAUUAUUGCGACAGUUAGAUUAGCUUUCACCUCUGAGACAGCAGCCAAUGACUACACCACUUCAUCUUCAUUCUCAUCUUCAGCACCAUUCAAUAAUUUCUAACCAUCAGAAUUCAUUUCGUAGGUUGAGAUAAUAAGAUAAACUUUCCUCCAUCAUCCAAUUCGAUUCUAUUAUUUCUAUAGCGCUAAUUCACAUCAUGUCAUCUCAAGGUGCAGCAACCUUAAAAGCCUUUGGUACAUAUCCCUGUAACAGUGAUAGAUUAAUCACAUCUAAAAUGGCGGAGGAGAUC